AUGAGUGAGGAAAAAAGUGAAUCAUGGCGUUUAUUUGAAAUUAUUGAAAAACGCGUGGACUGUUUGAAAAUAAAAUGCACUUUAUUUGGCACGGAAUUUAUAGUUUCACGUAGUGGUUAUGAAAAAGCGGAAAAUUCUACGAGUUUUGUGUUUAGUCGUGUACUUGAUUGGCUGCAAGAGUGUAACGAUUUUAAUAGACACCCCAGUACUGCAGUUCAAUCUUCUUGGGGAAUAAAUCAUGCAGAGGCAGUAAGGCUUCAUUAUGUUAUUGGGGAACUAAUAGCACUGGAUAAUGAGCCUCUUUCAGUGGUCGAAAAAAGAGGAUUCAGAAGAUUAAUGUCUAAAACAGCACCCCAAUAUAAAAUACCAUGUCGGAAAUAUUUUUCUACAAAAAUUCUACCAGACAGGUUCAAAAGAGUCAAAGAAGCCGUAAAACUAGUCUUAUCGGAAGUACAGUGGAUCUCUCUAACAUCAGAUAUUUGGAGUUGCAGCGGAACAUACUACAGUUUUAUUAGUUUGACUGUGCAUUGGUUGGACGAUCAUUUCGAAAAACGUAGUGCUGCAUUAAACGUAGAUGUAUUUCCCGGUAGUCAUACAGGAGACGCAAUAGCUGAUAGAUUGACAGAUCUUUUGGCAUCUUGGAGUCUUGACAAAAUUCGGGUACAUUUGUUAAUGCGAGACAACGGUGGGAAUAUGGCUAAAGAAUGCAGAGUGAGCGACAUAGGCAGUAAAGGGUGUACUAUUCACACGCUUCAAUUGGUCAUCAAGAAUACUAUUGAAGGAAAUGAAGCUGUCAGCAUUUUAUUAAAAAAAUGUAAAAAGAUUUCAACGUUUUUUCAUAAAUCGGCACCUGCAACUACAAAAUUAGUGCAAAUUCAACGAGAUUUAAAUUUGAAAGUCAAAAAAUUAAAACAAGAUGUCCCCACAAGGUGGAAUUCCACAUUCUACUUAAUGUUGCGCUUCUUGGAGCUGGAACUCUGUCUAGAUUCAUUUUCUGAGGCUGAAGACGAUGAUUCAAAAAGUGUGACUUGCGCAGAAUGGGAGAUACUGGAAGAAUUGGCAAAUCUCUUGCAGCCAUUUGAAGAGGUCACAAAGUCGUUGAGUUAA